UGUCCUCCCUCCUCUGAUGUGGAAUAUGUAACUAGAUCUACUGUGAUGCACUAGCAUGUAAUAGGGGUGUGGUCAACAAAUGUGGGAGUGGCCAAACAUUUUGCAGCGUGCGUAAACCUUCCCCCCAAAACUUUUAAUCCUAUAGAUGAGAAACCCUGACAGUCUAUUGUAUAGAACACAACCAGAGACAGUCAGGCUGCCUCUUCUUUAUUAUGGAUCAGGGGGACUCACCAAGGACUUCCCUAAUUGUAUAUCAUAGGAGGUUUUCCAGGAAAAAUUAAUUACUGUUAUAGUACAUACAGCGCAAUACAAUAGUAAUUAUAUGCAUGAGUAACUUGCAUUCCCUCAACCUACCUACCUGAAAACCUGUUAUUAUACUCAGCAAUCAUCUUUGCCCUAUAGAAAGAUGACUAUAAUGUCACUUUUAGCUGCUAUGCUAGUGUGUGGACUGUUCAAUCAAAUUGGAUUAGCUCAAGAAUCAACUCAAGAUCAUCAGAAGCCCAUAUGUGUUAUACAUGGCUAUACCAUACAGGGUGAUUUCAUAUACGUAUGCGAGGCUGUACAAUCUAAUGUACAGAUUAUGCACGUAACAGUGGGCGGUGGACAGCAGUAUCGAAACUUAACACAGCUAGUCGAUUAUGUUCGACUGUCUAAAGGAAAAAAUUGUCUAUACGUUGAUUCAUAUACUGAGCGAUGCACCAGACUCCGCGUUGAGUUAGGAAAAGAACUAAAAGGGGCCAAUGUAUCGGUGUGUGUACUACAUGGACCCAAGAAUGAUACUAAAAACGACUGCAGCACCCAACUUGAUCUGACCAGUAUAACAGAUGAACCAACACAAACUAAUUUAAAUAACAGCAAUACAGACUCAGGAGUACCCGGGGAAGACUGUGCAAGGAAUUUAACUAUCACUGGUGUUUUACUAGGAGCUGCAAUUGUCGUCCUCUUCAUUAUUAUUAGUGCUCUAUGUAUCAUCUACGUUUAUAAGAAGCGUGUGGCUCUACUACACAAACACAGCCAAAUCGCAAGAGAGGAGAUGUGCAACAUGUAUGAGGAUGAACCUAUUAUGGAUGUUAACUCUUGACACAACAGUAAUUGCUCGAAUUGUGUCCUUGGUAGACUUAAUGUAAUUGAUGUCAUGUACAGUAAAAGUGUGAUCGUGUACACAAAUGCCUAGCUGGGUUUAAUCUAAAAAUUUAUUUUUUAUUCAUAAAAGCACUGCAUGGCACUGCAUGGCAAUUAUUUGACAAUACUUUAUAAUUAUAUAGGCCCAGAAAAAACAAGCUGGUCAAAUACACCUGUAUAGUGGAAAAUGACUCGUACGUUUUUCUCGUUCAAACUGUAUAUUCAACUGUACAGGACGAGCUCAAGAAGUGGUGGUUUGAAUAAUAGCUAUAGCCAAUAACUCUUCCUAUUACCCUAUAAUUAUGUUAUAGAUAGUACAUGGGCAUGAGGUAUCUCUAUGUGUUAUAGUGUCCCAUAUCACGAGGGCUUUGCCCGAGGGAUGAGGGACACUAUAACCAUAGAUACCGAAUGCACAUGUGCUAACUGAUUUAGAUCCCACUUUUAAUUGGCUGCCUCAGGCAAGAAGUGUAUCUAUAAAAGCAGCAAGCCUUAGCUAACAACAGCUUUAUAUUUUCGAAAAUGUCCUGUUCUGACAAGCUAGAUGAUUUCUGCUUCUCUGCUAAAAAACCUUGCAUUGGCCUUGCUUCAACAUUGGAAUGGACAAAUUAGUGACUCCACCUUGUGCAGGAAGCGCUCUGCAACGAAUGAGCCCAGCCUCCUCUUUUCUCUGCACUCAAGCCCCACCCCAGCUCAAGCUUCUCAGUAAACUGUUCUGAUCUGUACGGCUAGCUAGCAAGGAACAGCUUGCAGCAAUGCUACAGUGCACUAUCGUUCCCAAAAAGACACAAGAGUCUACUGAAGUAAACAAUUUUGAAACAUGGCUGCAGGAUAGAAAAACAGAAGUCAGGAGGACGAAGUUGACAAAUGCUACAUGUAGAAGACAUGCUUUCAUGCUUGUGACAAUGGACCCAGAACUAUUAAAAUCAUUGGCUCUUAGCGUUCCUCGUAGAGACAAGAAAAGAUACUGAUGAACCCUACCAUCAACCCAGCAAACGCUAUAAAAACUGGUAGUGAAAAAACUGAACAGCCAUAGCUAUUUAUCAUGCAGCUACAGCUUUAUUUAUCAAUUCUGUACAUUCAAAAAAUUAUACUUGCACUUUAUACCCUCAAGCUUAUAAUUCCCUGGGAAACUAUGAGAUUAUGGCUCAUAAUUCCCUGCUAAAAAACACACAAGUGGGAUCUAAAUAAUAGUUAGAGUACAGUGUAGAGGGGUUUAUGACAGUAAACCUCCCGACUACGAGGGCGUGAGCCCGAGGGGGGUGUGUGGUUUACUGUCAUAAACCCCGAGGCACUGUGCAUUAAUUGAUAUAUGUCCCAUCUGAUUGGCUGACUGGUUGCUAUGCAUCAAGCUGCAUGACUACCACAUAGCAACACUAUUCAAACAAGAAGACAACUAGGAAAAGAGAACUCGUCCACACACCAGGGCUGCUGUCCACACUCAAAUCCUUGCGCAGCCUGGACAGAAUAUGAGCAGCCAGCCCCUCCCUCAAAGCGAACGUACAGAGCCACUCCCCCUCUCUGUUCAAUUAGUCAGCCCCUCCCUCCACUUACUGCGCAGCAACCAAACAACACAGCUAGCUCUAGACGGUGUCUAGACCAGCUCUCUUCAGCUAUGCCAGGCUAGUAGGCAAGCAAAGGUAAGCUUAAAAUAGCCACUCCUAUAUUAUUACUAAACUGGCUUCUUUUUAUUUAAAUACAGAAGCUGAACAGGCCUAGUGCAGUGCGUGGUGCUAGUGAGCAAGGCUCAGCCUGAGCCCUAGCCCUCUCCCAGAGUGUCUCUAAAGCAGCCCCUUAAUUCUGCAAGCACACAGCAGAAUUUUUGAUGAACUAGUAUAGUCUACAGACUACACCCUCUGUCUCUAUGUUUUCAUUUAUGACAUUUUGUUUCUCAUGCAAGACAUUUUCAUUCAUCGAAAACACAAUUAAUUUAUUU